UGUUUCUUACUUGCAAAAAAAUAUAAAAAAAAAACCCAAUGUGUUUACUUCUUUUGCCGAAUCUUUCCUCUUUGCCCCAUUUUUUGGCUUUCGUCAUUCUUGUUCGAAUUGUUCUUUACUCCUCGUUUUCCCCAUUUUCUCCUUAUAUUACCCUCCGCUUCGAUAUUUUCAUCAACCUGAUGUCGGCAAGUUUCAGUCUUCCUCCACUCUAACUCGCUUCUUGACUCGCUCGGCCGCUCCUCUCGUGACAUCAUCUCCAUGUCUUCUUUAUGGUACUGGACUUUUACGUUCGGCAUUUGCUUUCUUUUAUCCCAGGGAUCUCGAUUGUUCGGUUUUCACUACCUACUUCUUAUAAAUGGCCCUCCUUCCUCAAUCUUGAGGACUUCUUUUCUCUUCAAGAUGGUCCGCUUUUAUUGAUUUCCUCGUUAUUAUAUUUUGUUAACCUCGUUAACAUUGUUUCGUUAGUUCGUCUUUGUUGCUGUGUGUGUGUGUGUGUGUGUCUGUAUAUUUUCGUUAGUUGGGGUUCUUUUCCUUUUUCUAAUUUUUCAAUUCAUUUGGUUUCAUCUGUUUCGGUUUUGAUUGCUUCGCUUCACUUCCUUUACUCUUCUCUUGUUCUCUGUCUUUGGAAUAAUAGAAUAUAAGGUUUUCGUGAAUUUCGCCAAGACGAUUGUAUUCAGUUUUUCUCUUUCUCUGUUCAUUGUUUUAAUAGCAAUUGUUGUAGUUGUUCCAAUUGUCGUACGUGUUAUCGUUGCAAUUGUUUGUAACUACCUCUACUUCAUAAGGAAAUUCUCUGACCUCCCUCUCUGUUUCUCUGUGUGUGUGUGAAAUAAGAAAUUGUUUUGUUUCGCGUAUUUUUAAGACCAUUUAGUUUGAACCAUCAGUUUGUUUUGAACUUUAGAUCCCUUUGGAUUGGUCCCUUCUCCCCUUCUUUUUCGACUUGAACUUGAAUUCCAAUCCACCUACCUCGCGGACUUAACUGUGUCGUAUCUGGUAUCGUUUUUUUCCCUGUCUCUCUUCUUUUCUUCUCUCUGUACUUUCAUCCACGAGUGAACGCUUUUGUCUCUACCAAACGGUUUUCGCUUUGUGUUUGGUAUCACCCGUUUUAUGCGUCAAUAAUUCCUCUUGUUGAUCUUCUCUUUACAUUAUUAAUUAUACCCCUUUCUUUUCCUUCCCCUCUUUCAUUCCAACAAUACUAUAAUUUCUUUUCUUUCUGUUUUCUUUUCUUUUCUUUUCUUUUCUUUUUUUUUUCUUAAUUCAAACUCCCCUUUCCCUACUUUCUUUUUCUUCUUUUGUUGUGAAUAUGCCUCAGAAAUCUACCGGCCCUCGUCGUCGUACUGCCGUUGCUUGUGACCGAUGUCGUCGUAGAAAAAUUCGCUGCAUUGCAAGUGAAUUCUCAAAUCAACCUUGCUUAGCCUGUCAAAAAGCCCAUGCCGAAUGCCACUUUUCCGUUUCUUCUUGGCGUUCUUCUCGUAAACGGUCGACUCCCUUCCAUUGUCCUCCUCAUACUUCUACUUCUCUUCCCUCUCCUCCUAAUUUUACUCCCGCCGCUCCCACUUCCACAGGCUCUCCUUCUUAUUCUUCACUCUCAUACCCUCAAUACUCUGGAGACCCGACUUCCCUUUCCGCUUACCCUCUUGCUUCUUCCGCUCCUUCUAAACUUUCUUCAUAUCCUUCAUCUUCUUCCUCCUUUGUAUCGAUGAGCGCUCCUCCUGCUGCAACGACUAAUACGUCCUUCUCCCAGCCGCCUCACAAUGCUGCAUCAUUUCCUCCUAUUUCUUCCCGCAAAUUAUUUUACCCCUAUGACUCCAACAAAAAUACUUCUGGAACUUUUCCCUCUUACAAUGAUAACCAACCUCCUUCUACAACUUCUUUUUUCUCUUCUCCCCUUGUUCACUCCUCACUUUACAUGUCUCCUCCUUCCCGUCCUAUUGACCAUCCCGUCUCACCUACCACGGUUCCUAUGAAACCGUAUGCAUCGUCUUCUUCUUCUCCUCCUCCUUCUCUUAGCGCUAGCAUCUCUUCUGUUUCAUCCGUUCCUGGAUUCGUUGAUCACGAUCCUCUUCAACCAUCCUUAUACCAAAAGCAACAAUUCCCUAGCUACUUGGAUUCUACUUCCUCUCCCUCUACCGUCGACCCUUCUACUCCGAAUUCGAAUCUCUCAACCCAGCCCUGUCCUUCUUCAACUGCUUCUACUACGAAAUUUCCCCAAGACGGAUAUUUGAACAAGCCUUUUGACCAACUCCCUAUGUUAUCUGACUUGUCGCUCCCUGAAGUCCAGCGAGCUCCUUCUCCUAAGCAAGACUCUUGCGAUUCCCUUCAGCCUUCCAAGAAUCAGCUUUCGAAUUCUAUUACAUCUGCUCAUUCUCAACUGUUGGGUGAUUCUGACUUUGACUAUUCAUCCUACCUCACAGACUCAUCUGACACUGCUUCUCCUGUCGUUCAAACCGAUGAACUGGCUUCCCAGACGUUCACCGUCUCCAGUAAUCCUAUCGGUUCUAUUGACCCUCUUAGUCUAGAAAUUGACCAAUUUACCAAUCUUCAUGGAAGCGCUUCUUCCAAUAACCCUUUGGAAACUUCUUUCUCCCAGUUCUCCGACUCGAAUCCCUGCAAGUCAGCUGUUCUUCCAUGGACUAUGGGAUCUCCUCCCCUGCAAUCAUUGGCUUGUCCCGAUUUGUGCGGAUCUCUUGAUGAGUCUUUUCGGUGCUUAGAUUUUACCAAUGAGAACUUGUGGUGGGAGAAUAUUGACUCUGAGAAAACUACACCAUUAAAAACUGAGAAGCCUAAACUCUCACCGGGCGGCGGCCUUUUAGACGACAUGUCGCACUUUCUAAAAAAUCUAGAUGAUUAAUACAAAAUGUGUAUGUAUGUUUUAUUUUUCACCUUUUUGUACGUUAGAAAAAUUGAUACAGAUCACAGAAGACUAGGGAGGGUCUUUGCUCUUUUUUUUUUUUCAAAUAACUUCUUGUACAAAUUUUAGUGCCUGGUGCAUAUCUUUUUUGUUAAUGUUGUUUGUAAUAGUUAUUUUAUUUUAUGAGAAUAUUAAUGGACCUUAUUUCUUACAUAAGUUAUAUACAUGAUUGCAUGUAGUUAUAUAUAAUCAAACCGA